ACGAGGCUCUUCUUGCUGUGAUUUAAUCUCAGACAACAUGCAGAUCAAGUUUUACCAUGUCGCUCUCUUGGUUUGGCUUGCUGGGGUUUUGGAUGCACAGAGACCCAGAGCGUCUUGUGGCCCUCCCAGCCUUAAUAAGGGUUAUUUCCUGCCUGUGAAAAAAUCUUAUGGUCAUGAAACAACCAUCACUUACGCCUGUGAAAACAGACAUAAACCAGUCGCAGAGGGCUGGUGGACAACAAGCAAAUGUCUAAAUGGCAAAUGGUCUCCUGAACCUCAGUGUAUAGAGGACACAGCCUGCUUAUCUCCAACCAUCCGCAAUGCAAAGUACACUAAAACGUCAGACGGUUUGUACAAGGAGGGAAAUGUAAUAGAUAUAACAUGCAACCAAGGAUAUACACACAGAGACCACGAUGUCACAGCUGAAUGUAUACAUGGAAAGUGGUCGUCUGUGCCUACCUGUGAGAAGAGUGUCGACGCUUGCAUUUUUCCACCUAAAGUCCCCAAUGCAGUCAUCAUGCAUCAGUACAAGGAGGUCUUCCCUGAUGGUUCAAAAGUGGAAUAUCGCUGUAAAACCGGAUACACUACAGAGCAAAGAGAAAUCUCCAAAUCCAUCCAAUGCAGUCGUGGUACCUGGGAUGAAGCUCCAACGUGCAGUUCUUCUACCAGCUCCAGUUUGGAUGAGGAAGACACUAGACCUUCAUUUACAUCAAUUCACAGAUGUGGAAAAUUCCCUGUAGUUGAAAAUAGUGUUGCUGAGCCGCAGGGUCAGCGGUCUUUGAAGUACAAAUGUGUAAACCUUUAUGAACUACAGGGUCCAGAGACUGUGGUGUGUCACAGCAACAGAAAGUGGUCCGACUUACCCACCUGCAGAGAAAACUUCUGCUCUGUGGACACUAACGCCGACCCUGAAUUAAAAAAUACUGGAGUUGCUUUCUUAGCAAACGGAGAGACAAUGUGGCUUGCUUGUGAAGAUAAGUGGAAAUUUGAAAACUUUGCUCUAUUCCAGUGCAAAGAUCUACAACCCAUUUUAUCCAGAUGUUGUAACAGUUUCCAAAUAACUACAGGUAUCUGCUGAGACCAGAUUAUGAAGAUGCUGCUUUCAGAUUUGCUGAUGAAAUGUCAUCACAGAAGACUUGAGACGAUCGGUUAUGAUCACGCCCUACGUAGCUUUUCAGUCUUAAUGAAUCGCAGCCAAUGGUUUGUGAGCUCAAAGCUGAAUAACUGAAUCAACUUGUAAAUGUGCUCUAGUUUGAAUAAAGUCCUCAUCUGAGACACUAAACAUUCAA